CUCCAGCUUGCUGAACAUGUUCUCAGUACCGGAUUGACAUCUUCCGGACCAGGAACGAUCACUUCACAACAGCGAGAACCCAUGACCUGUGUCGGACGUUGCCGCAGAAGGACGAGCAACAAGAGCUUUGAGACCAAAUUCCUGAAAUGGCGCGAGGUGGAGAUCAUGUCUAGUUUAUCCUUUCUGGCUACAUUUUGGUGUAUAAUGCAAGCUGCAUUGAGUGCCAUUGCACUGUCCUUACUGGAGGAUUUGUCCCCUGCGGAGCAGGUUGGACAAGUCACGCUCCCGGUCUUUUGGGCAAUCAUUGCUUUUCUCUGCCGCUGCGGCACUGGGCCUUUAGGUGCGGAGGUCUUCGCUGUGCUGGCGUCCGGCAUCAUGUGCCUGGCCACGCCGCAGCUCUCGCUUCUGCCACACAGCAGUUCGUUGAUGGUUGUUCUCGAAAAUCGAGGAUCCGGGCGUGACGACGUGCAGAUUGAGGAAGUUUUGGGCGCCUCUUUGGUGCCCAGCUGCUUGUUGCUGUCAUGUGCCUUGCUGCCCGUGAGGCUCUCCAGGUUUCGAUAUGUGGCGGGUUCAGCUAUUGCUUCCUGUGUGGCUGCAGCGAUUGCAUUUCGCAGUUGGUAUGAUGGCUGGCAAUGUUUGGUGGUCCUAUGUGCUGCUGUCAUUGCCCAGGUCAUUGUGCACCAAAGAGAAGUGAUUCUACGCCGAUGCUUUGAAUUGACAAUUCAAAGAGAUGAGAAACCAGUGCAGGUCGCGAGCCACACUCUAGAGAAGGGCGAAGAUGUCCGGUGUCAAGAAACCGCGCUGGCACGAGCGAGUGCACUUGAGCGUUUGACUAGGCACUUGUGCGAUGCCUUCAUCGAGCUGACAGACAGGUAUACCUUGGAACAAUCCCCUUAUCUCCAGGCUUUCUUCAUGCAGGAGAUGGAAGCGGUUCCGCUUGUGUCGCUGUUGCCUGCCGCACAGCAAAAGAGGUUCAGGUCAUUGUUCAGUGAGGUCAGCCUUGGUGACAAGGUGCUGCAGGAGACCUUCACACUCCCUCGCGGCCAAGCAGAGUUCUUCGCCGCCCGGAGUAGUGAUCCAGAUCAGCACUAUGUGGUGGCCAUCAACCUGCUGGAUACAACCGCCAAGUUGCAUCUGAUGAAGGACCUUUCCCUCAGCGAGGAUGUUCUCACUCAGGAUUCCGGCUCUGGAAGCCUACAGAUCCCUCAGGAUCGACCCGACGUGACGAACAGAAGUUCUGUUCGGUCCAAGGACGCAGAAGCCUCGAGUCUAAGACGGGACUCUGCCAAAGACUACUUACAGGCGGCCAGGCAGCUGGCGUACACGGGUAGCCAACGAAGUCAGACGAGUCAACGGAGCCAGCGGAGCAGUCAGCCGUCCAAGAGGAGCUGGUCUUCCUCGCAAUCCCUGGAUGAAGCUGGCAAGGACAGCGGCAGGCGGUUGAGGACGACCGCCCGAAAGGAAAAGAAGGACAAACGCAGCAGCAAGGCGCGGGAUUCGCCGGGCUCGGGGCGGGACAGCCACUUCCUCAGCUUGGCGGAUGCGUCGGAGGGGCGCCCCGGCAUCUCGGAGCUCGCCCUCCGGGGCUUGGACUCGGUGCUGCGGCGACCGGGGGACAGCUCGCCAUCGUUGGUGUUCUCCCAUUCGUUGCUGAGUUUGAGCCUUCAGACCGAUGAGUCCUUCCACCGCCGAGCCCGAUGCGAGAAGGAGAUUCAGGUGGAUCUCGAUGUCACGACCAAGAGCACCAGCACCCAAAACGUUCAGACAGAAUUCACUGUGAUCGAAGACGACUUCCAUUGCUACCAUUGCAUGUAUUCGCGUCCACCCUUGGAAAGAUCGCGUAGUCAGUCGACCACCUCCUCAAGUAGUGGCUCACUGGCCGGCGAUCCUGCCUUCCUCAUCCGGGGCGCGCAAGGUCGAAACCUGGCACAAAAACGGCGGCGGAGCUCCGUGAUCAACCUGCGGAGGGCCACAGAAGAGAUGCUGUCGAGAGUGUGGUCCGGCGCACACAAGCAGCAUGAUGUGAUGAAUCCCGACUUUCUGGACACAGGCGCGAAGAAUGUGGUGCGUUCGCUGGCACUGCUCUUGAGGCAAUGGAACUUGGAAUAUCCCGCGAAUGUGUGCUGUAAGUACCACGCCGCCGUGAGCCUUGUGAUUUUUCUGCUCAACGGAGAGCUGCGUGCCAAGUGCAAGAACGAGUGGAUGCCGAACUCGGGCUGGCAAUGCGACCAUUGCAACAUGUUAUUUCCAGAGGACGUCGAACUUUGCGCCUUUUGUGCCACGGACGACAUUGAACAGGAGGCGGAGGAGCUGCCUCCAGAGUUCCUUGAGCACUUGGCUGACUUGGCAGGAAUCCGUCCACAGACGGCACCGCAAAGCCUGUGACGGCUGAGGCGAAACAGACAUCUGAGAUGAGGAAAUUUGGAGCCACAACAUGUGUUCAAUGGCGGCUUAACCGAACUGGUUCACGCCACGCCAUGCGAUCAUCCCCUUGUUCCUAGUAGCUUCUUGUUAGUAGCGAUGGCCUCCAAUAACCUACUAGUAAAUGGGCAAUGGCCUAACUGUUUUCACGCCGGAUCCAC